AUGAUUGUGUUUCUUGUGAAAUACUUUUUUUUAAAUUUUAACCCAAAUUCGGCACUUUUCCAGACUACGUGGUUAUGUGGUCUCUUCUAUUCUCCCUGAAUUUAUUUUAAUUUAAAAAAAGUUUGAUUUUAAACUGAUCUUUAGUGAACCAAUUAACAAUCUGGGUGCAUAUCGUUUCCGUGGUGGAAUUGCAAUGGUCAAUUUGAACGAAUGUUCCUUGAAUGUGAGAGAACACACUGCUCACAAAAUUUUCAACAAGAACCUCGUGGUGAAAUUGUAUGGAGACGUACAAAAUUUGGGGACGAAUAACGGAAAUCUGCAAUCUUUUUUCCCUGACUAUGUGCUUUUGGAGGGAAUAGUCGCUGAUUAUCAUUUCCUUGAUGAGGAAUAAGAUCCGUAUGAGAUCUUCACCCGAAAUCGUGUGUGCAUCAUGGAUGCAAAAUGGGUCACUCUCUACCAUCUCAAGUCGCUCAAAUUUAUUCGGCUCGUGCUGUACGAUUCUAUGCUAACAGAAAGAGACGUGAACGAGUUCAUCAAGCACUGGCUCAAUGGGAAAUGGGUACAAUUGCACCGAUUCGAGAUUCGUCACACUAGUCGUGAGGGAUUUGAUUUGGAAAUCCUCAGAUCGAGAUUAAAUGUGAAGAAAUGGAAUAAAAAUCUCAGAAAUGGAUAAUGGACUGUCAUCAAAAUCCCUAUCUCCUGGACACUCGUAAAGAACUCGAUAUGAUUAAACCUGACGGAACGCUUGCAACAAUUGUGAAUAGACCUGAUACAUUUCGGUUCAUUGUCUGGCCCGAUCAUCCCCUUCAGCUUAACUAUCGUACUAGAUCUGAUACUGUUGCACAUAAGUUCUAA